UUAGGAAGCCGAACCUCUUUCAUUCGAAAAGAAAAGACGGGACCUGCCCUCACGACAGUUUUUCAGGCGUUCCGGUUGUCGUUAAGCGCUUUAAUCAAAAAUAAUUCCCCCUGUAACAUCUGUGUUUGCUUCGAUUGCCGUGGGAUAUUUUUAAUCUUCCACAAUGGCCACCGCAACGGCAACUCCGACCGGCCAGAGGAGCACGUGCGGCAGCGGCACUCCGCUGAGCCCGAACCGGAUCACCCGCCUGCAGGAGAAACAGCAGCUCCGGGACCUCAACGACCGCUUGGCCGUCUACAUCGACAAAGUCCGUAGUCUGGAGUCGGAAAACGACGUGCUCCACCUGCAAAUCAACGAGAGGGAAGACGUGAAGAGCCGGGAGGUGAGCAGCCUGAAGUCGCUGUACGAGAGCGAGCUAGCCGACGCGCGCAGGAGUCUGGAUGACUCGUCCCGGGAGCGGGCCUGGCUGCAGAUCGAGCUGGGGAAGAUCAAAUCCGACUAUGAGCAGCUCCACCACAGCUACCAGAAGAAGGACUCUGAGGCAGCAGCAGUGCAGGCCAGGCUGAAGGACCUGGACGCUCAGCUGAACUCCAAAGAGGCCUUGCUGGCUACAGCGCUGUCUGAGAACAGAUGCCUGGAAGCGACGCUGGCCGACCUGAGGGAACAGCAGCAGGAGCUGGAUGCAGGGCUGGCCCAUGCGAAGAAGCACCUCGCAGAUGAGAUGCUGCUGCGCGUCGACUUGGAAAACCGUUGCCAGAGCCUGACAGAGGACAUGAUCUUCCGCAAGAGCAUGCAAGAGGAGGAAGUGAAGGAGGCCCGGCAGCGCUACGAGACUCAGCUGGUGGAGGUGGACUCUGGCCGCAAGGUGGAGUAUGAACAUAAACUGAGUCAGGCCUUGACUGAGAUGAGGGCUCAGAAUGAGGAGCAGAUCAGGCUCUACAAGGACAACAUGGAGAGCACCUAUGUCACCAAGCUGGAGGACUUGCACCGGCAGUCUGAGAUGAACGGAGCGUCUGCCAACAUGGCCCGAGAGGAGCUCAGGGAGUCCAGCCUGAGGAUCGACAGCCUCACUGCCCAGCUGGCAGGAAUGCAGAAGGAGACUCGUGGGUGGCGCGAUCGCAUCGUGGAGCUGGAAGGCUCGUUGGCUCAGGAGAAAGACAAGAGCCGCAAGCUGCUGGCCGACAAAGACCGCGACCUGGCCGAGAUCCAGGCCAAGAUGCAGCAACAGCUGAACGACUACGAGCAGCUGCUGGACGUCAAGCUGGCGCUGGACAUGGAGAUCAACGCUUACCGCAAACUUCUGGAGGGAGAGGAAGAGAGGCUGAAGCUCUCUCCCAGCCCUUCGGCUCGCGUCACAGUGUCUCGAGCUUCGUCCAGCAGCCGCAGCGUGCAGACCACUAAGGGGAAGAGGAAGCGCGUUGACGUGGAGGAACAGGAAGCCAGCAGCUCGGUGUCCAUCUCUCACGCCGCCUCGGCCAGCGGACCCGUCUGCAUCGACGAGAUCGACACUGACGGCAAGUUCGUCUGCCUCCUCAACAGCGGGGACGAGGACCAGGCGAUGGUCGGCUAUGAGAUGAUUAAGACUAUUGGAAAUGCCACGGCGGCGUACAAGUUCACACCCAAAUAUGUCCUGAAGGCCGGCCAGAAAGUCACGGUUUGGGCGUCUGAUGCUGGCGUGAGCUCCAAACCUCCUACAGACCUGGUGUGGAAGAACCGGUCCUCCUGGGGUUCAGGGGUGGAUGUCCAGGUGACGCUGGUAAACCCUCAGGGAGAGGAGGUAGCAAAGAGAACCACAACAUACAGGACGACAAUAGAGGAGGACGAGGAUGAUGAUAAUGACGUGGAGGCCACUGAUGAAGAGCUGUUCCACCAGCAGGGAGACCCUCGCACUGCAAAGAGAGGCUGCUCCAUCAUGUGAACCAGCUGCACCCGUCUCCACCUCCUCUGAGCCCAGCCCUUCUGCUGCCAACUCUAAUACUAGAACUAUUUUUCUAUGUUUUGUAGUGCACUCCAAAAAGAACUGGUUUUAUUUCUCAUUAAAGCCACAGUUUUUGGUAGAUGUAUUUUCACCUGUAAAAGCUAAAGAACAAGACAAUUGAACACGUUUGUAUUUGUAGUUCAGAUUUUCUUUUUAAAACCAUGCAACAAGUAGCUAAACUCAUGGACCCACUUGUCUUUUAAGAAAACAAGUAUGAUUUUUUUUUAAAUAUAUAUUUAUAUAAUGGCUUGGUUUUAUUUUUAAUUAUUGAUGCUAUAUUUUAGCUGAUAAGUUAAGCCACAGACUUACUGUUUUUUUUAUUUUUAUUUAAAUGAUUCUAAAAGUUGUCCAAAAAGCACAGAAAAGCAAAAUUGGAUGAAUGCAAGAAAAGGAGUGUAACCAUGUUCUAGGAUCUAAGAGCCACAAACUGGUUUGAUUGGUAAGAGGUAAAAGUUAAAGGACAGUUUUAAGUUUUCAUGUUCCCUUAAAGAUACUUAAACAACCAAAAGUCAUCGGAUGCCACUCCACUAAGUAAAUGCUGCACCACUAUUUGAAAAGUGCUGAUUGUAUUGUAUACUUUUGAUAUUUGAAGUGUUUUGAAGUACUAGUUUGUGUUGUGUUUCUAUGCAUGCCAUGGCUGUAGUCAUCAGUUAAAAUAAUUAAACAACUUCUCUUGUACUUGUA